AGGAGGAGAAAAAGUAGUGAUCUGGCUGUCUGGACCGUGCUCUAGUCAUUGCUCAGGGAUAGCUAUGUUCACCUAGCACACUGGACUCUGGGUUUGAUUCCUUAGCACUGCAGAAAGAAGGGAGGAGGAGUAAUCGCUGUAGGAGAAUGGGAAUAUUUGCUUUAUCUUCUGUCAUUUCCCCAUUCUCAGAACCUCCCGGCAUACACAGUAGGUGCUCAAAUAUUUGUAGAGUGACUAACUGUUAACUCCAUGUUUUAUGAGCAUUUUCUUGACUGUCCCCUCAGCAGUCCCAUGAGGCAGAGAGCUCAUAAAAACCCACUUUAUAGGUGAGCCAUCUAGCUCAGCACAGCAAAAGAUGCUCAUGGUCACAUGGGGGAGAUCUGACACCUGUUGACUUUUUUUUAGUGGGGGUGCUGUACUUGGGAUUGAGUCCAGGGGUGCUUUACCACCGAGCUACAUCCCCUGCCCUUUUUUUUAUUUUUGAUUUAUUUAUUUAUUUAUUUUUGAGGCAGGGUCUCAUUUAAAUUGCCCAAGCUGGCUUUGAACUUGCAAUCCUCCUGCUUCAGCCUUCCCAGUCACUGGGAUUACAGGCGUGCACCACCUCACCCAACUACCUGUUGCCUUCUUUACCUAGAACCUUGAAAUGUAAUUGAUGUACGUGGCUUCGUAGCUAAUGUUUUAUACUGCCGGCCUUUGCAUGCGGUAAAGAAUCCAGUCUACAAGUGUUAGGGGCAGAGAUCUGUGCUGGGAACAGGGUAUGAACAGAAGCCACCGGCCAUCAGAUGAGGUGAUGGAAUAGGGAAAAUCUUCCAAGCAAAGAUUUUUUUAUUGUUAGUAGGGACUUGUGAUGUAGUAGUUGUCACUACCACUAAGUUCAUGUGCUGUUUCUCAACUCCAUUCGUUUAAAAAUAAAAGCCAGGGAGUCACAGGGGUGGAGCCUGAGCAUCCCUCUCUGCGUUGGGACACGCGUUAGAGACCCCUCCUCCCUAGGAAACCAGCUGGGAGAGAAAAAGGUGCUGAUCCUUGGCCACACCCCCAGGAUGUAGCCGCCCCAGCGGGGCCUGGGUCUCCGCCCUCGGCGGGUCCCUCCUCCCCAGUGCCAGGUGCCGGGAGCGCGCGGAUGCGCGGGGGCCCCGCGGGUGCGCAGCGCUGAGCGGGCGGAGCAGCGCGCCUCUCCCGCGUGUUGAAAUUCAAACGAGGCGAACUCCGCCGGCCCGGCGCGGAGCCGGCCGAGAGGUCGAGGCAGGGCCGAGUUGGAGGCGGCCGCGCUCCCGGUCCAGGCAAGUCCCAGGCUUCCUGGGCUCCUGGGGCGGGAUUGAGCCCGCGGCCAACGUGAGCUGCGGAGACUUAAAGAGUGCGGACCCCGCCCCCGGCCCCUGAUGGCGUCGGAGCAGUGGUUCGUGGGGCCGCUCCCCCUGGGCCCUGGAGAAACGCCGCCCUUGGACAACUUGGAACCCGGGACGCAGCCCUGCAGAGAUCCCUCGUGGUCAACGCCGCCCGGCAGGCCUGAGGACCCAACCGAGCUGGAGCCAGAGGAUGCCCAGGGGCAGUUGCUGGAGGUCCCUGCCUCCAUGCCUUCCCCCGAGCCUCCAGCCCCUGACCGGGGGCCGACCCCAGCUCGCCUACCCCUGGACGCUAUGUUCAGCCCCAUCACGGAACAGCUCCGCUACCUGCUUAAGAAGGCAGAUGACUUCCAAAGCUACUUGCUCUACAGCAGGGACCGAGUGCAGAAGGAACAGCUGGCAAAGGCCAUGCCCACCUUCUUAAAGAUGUGUGAGCCUUACUUCUUAUACCUGGAGGCUGCAGCGAGGAGCAUGCCCCCCAUCCAUGGAGCCCUGCAGGAGCUGGUUCGAAAGGGGCUGUUGGAGAUCUCCCAACAGCUGACUCUACGCCUGGAACAGCUGGUCCUCAUGUAUGCCUCCUUUGGGUUCUUGGACCUGGAGGAGACUGACCCCCUGAGCAUCUCCUGCUUCUUCUGUGGAAGGUUCUCCAUCAGCCCUUCCCACGAAGUGUCCAUCUUCAGAUACUGUACCCCAGCCGCCUACACCGCCAGCCGCUUCCCCCGGUACCUCUAUAAGAAAAUGCGCUGGAACCUGGAAACCACCCCAGAGCCCAGCAACCGAGGACAAGAUCCCCAUGUGGAUUACUACUUCCUAUGCUAUCGAGAUACAUGGGAGGACACAGGCCAGAAUCCAGCCAACUCGUGUCCCCAGAUCCAGAAGCUGUGGUCCAUCGGUCGAUGGGUGCCCCUAGGGCCAGCUGAAGAUGACCUUUAUUCAUGGAUUUUGUGCCCGCAGCCUCCUGGGGACUACCAACAGCUGCUGACCAUCGGCUUCGAGGAGCCAUCGCACAUGCUGGCCACCGACCUGCUAGUGCAGAUUCUCAUGGGUCAGGCAGGCCCGGCCCGGCCCCCCAGCGCUGUCGGGCCUCCGGCGUGGACUGCGCAGGGGCCUUGAACCUGGGGAAGAAGGUGGGGGCUGGAGCUUGACAGUUCCAAACUCCCAGAGAGGGGCCAGGGGAGGGGCUCACUCGUUCUCCUAGCGCAGCCUGGCCUCGCCUUCCAAGGGGCCAGGCCGAGCUGGCCAGUCUGCACUAAGUCCAGCCCGGUCCGGCCGGCCGCGGAGCCGGGAGUGCAGACACACCAGUU